AUGACGGUGCCGUCAUCUCGGCAAUCUUACCGUUUCAGCGGUUCGCGACCCCCUUCUGCAGGGCAAACGCAGCCGGAGAGUGGCAGUGAGGAGGAGGAUGGGGAGGAGGGUGAGGGCGAGGAGGAUGAGGACAAUGAGGGAAGUGGGGAUGAUAGCGAGGCCGGGUGGGACCCAGAGACGCAUGGCGGUGGGGACGGGGGAGAUGACGAUGAAGACCACGAGAUGGAUGGGUUGGAGCCAGAGGGGCCGGAGGAGGAGGUGGCCGAGGGUGGUGGAGAGGCGGCGACAGAGGUUGGCUCACACCAUGUGCGUGAGGGGCGUGGGAGCGUGGGGGUGAAAGUGGGGAGAAAGGCCGCUACCAUUAAACCCAUUAGGCUGCCGAGGCGGGGGAAGAGGGCGAACAAGUUGAGGGAGCGGGCGUACCCCUGCACGUUCACAGGGGAGCCUUUGGGCGAGGGUGUGAUCGCACCGGAGUUCCUAGACGAGGACGGAGGGUCAGAGAGUAGCAAGGGGACUGCCACGGGGGGCAGGACACCGGGGUGGCAAGUACAGAUGUUCGGACCGAAAGACGCUGAUGAGAAGCGUCAGUGCAAGAUUUGCACUGACAAGAUCUCGUGGAAGCAAUCCACGACCACACCUGGCGAGCGGCACUUCGCGAGCCACCAUACUGCGCACAUGCUCGUGUGGUUCCAUCGCUUCCACACCCCGUCCAUUCAGUUGCCAGGCGAGACGUUUCCGCGGAAGGCAGCUGGUGGAGAUAAGAAGGGGGGCAGGAUCGAGCGGUUCAUGACAACGAAGCUGACCUCGGUGGAGCUUCGACAGGCGAUCGCCAAGCUAGUGGUCACCUGCGACCUCCCCUUCCGCAUCGUGGAGGCCGAGGCUACGUUGACAACCCUCUCCCUCCGUGUCUCUACCCCCCUCCAGUUUCGUGAGCUGCUGAUCCUGCUAAAUCGCAACUGCUCGCAAAAGAACUUCAUCCCCUCGCGAUGGACGGUCUCCCGAGACACCGUGGUCUAUGCGGCCGCCCCUCUCCAGUCCGCCAUUGCAGAGCUGCUGGCGAAGGAGGGGGAGCUGGGGUGCAAGGUGUCGUUUACCAUCGACAUAUGGACCGCACCCAACAACAAAGCAUGGCUAGUGGUGACCGGGCACUGGAUAGACGAGUCCUUCCAGCUGCGCACCAUGGUCCUUGAGUUCAGUGAGAUGCUCGGGUGGCAUGGGGGCAAGGAGAUUGCGAGGGUGGUUGAGGAGACAGUGGUGCAGUGGAAGUUGGAGGGGCGUUGUCUUGGUUUGACGUCAGACAACGCCUCCAGCAACAUUGCUGCCUUCAGGCGGCUGUCGGAGGAGGGUGGUGGUAUGUGCUUCUUCAACGAGCGCAUGCACUUCCGGUGCCUGGCACAUGUGAUCAACCUCGCAGUGAAGGCAGCUCUCGCAAUGGCCGCCAUACGCAAGGCCAACCCCACCAAUCCGAAGCCGGCGCUGAAGCUGGUGCAGGACUCUCCAACGCGCUGGGGGUCGACCCACGACAUGGUCGAGCAAGCCGGGGUUCUACAGGAACCCAUCAAUGUCUUCUUUGCCCAGACACAGGGCUUGUCGGCGACCGACAAGAAGAAGGUCGAGAGCAUGCGCCUGACUGACGCAGACUGGGCGACUCUGCAUGCUGUCAAGACAUUCCUCAGCCCAUUCGCCAAAGUAUCAAAGGCAGCGGAGGGGGCGGCGUACCCAACAGUGACGAUGGUGCUGCCGUACUACAACGGCCUGAUCGACGCUAUGGAGGCGCGCCUCGCGAGAGGGCCAUCGGCUACGUUGAAGCCGAUGAUCGAGGCGGCGCUGGGGAUGCUGAAGAAGUAUGCGUACAUGUCCAGCAACGAGCUGUGGAUCGCCACUUUCUUGGACCAGUCCAUGAAGGCGGCGUGGUUCGAUGACGAGCACUGGGAGACGCAGCAUCCCGAGACCGAGCGGAGGGUGAGGCCGCGUCCCACUUCUAGCGAGGUGGUCCAGCUGGUACGCGACCGCGUCGCUGAGUACCAGGCCCGGGCUGCAGAGCUUGCUCCCCGGCCGCCCCCUCUUGCAGCCGUGACGGAGGAGGAGGAGGGGGACGAGGCGGAUGACGACGAAGAUGCGCAGUUUCUCCCUAGUCGCCGACGACUAGCAGCGCGUCUCUCAGCGAGCCAGGAGGCGGGGAGGGGCGGGAUGUUGCAGGAUGACGAGGUUAGCAGGUACCUGUCGGAGAGGGUUCGGUGUGACGUGACGGCGUUGGAGUACUGGCGGAGCGCCACCAACAUGCAGACACUGAGGCGCAUGGCCCGGGAUUAUCUCGCGAUCCCUGCCACAGAACGCGAGCUGUCAUGGUUCUCCGAUCCUGGUACAGCUCACACCCCGGCCAGAGGAUAG